AUGGAUAGCAGCUUCAACAUACAUCGGAACAAGCAGCAAGGAUACCAGAGAAUACCUGGAUCUUCCAUCGCGCCGGACAGAUUACUCCGUUAUCUAAGAGAAGAAUUCAAUCAACAGUUCGAGUUGGAGUCGAGAAAAAACUACUACGUGAUCCGUGCUCCGCGUGACCUUUCACCAGUUUGCAACCCCUGCAAGAAAAAGCAAGCCAAAAGACUGCCACUGACGGAAAAUACAGGAUGA